CAUUGAUAAAAGCAACAAUUAUGGGUCCCUUGGAGGUUAGGGAAUCCUCUUAGCUCUUCCGUGUGAACCUGGUGAAACAUGAAUCAAAGUUCAACAUUAAUAGGGAUUUGUAUACGUCUAUUAAUUCAACUAAUCCCUUAACCUUAAUCAUUCCUCACUCUCAAACCCUAAAUAUUUUAUUUCAAUUCCUCCUGUAUUCCUUAUUUAUUCCCCCAACCCUCCUUGUUUUGUGAGGCGAUCUGAUUCCUCGUGUUUUCCUUAUUUAUUCCCACAACCCUUCGGGCGAUCUGCCAAAAAUUCCCUUCGCAUUCCAUCCCCAACUGAUCAACUGAGAGACGUCCCAUGGCGAAGAGCUCGUUCAAGCUGGAGCAUCCUCUCGGUGGGCAGAAAAGACAUGCAGAAGCAGCCCGUAUCAGGGAGAAGUACCCUGAUAGAAUUCCAGUGAUUGUGGAGAAGGCUGAAAGAAGUGAUAUACCAGAUAUUGAUAAGAAGAAGUAUCUGGUUCCUGCAGAUCUAACAGUGGGGCAGUUUGUGUAUGUUGUGAGGAAACGUAUAAAAUUAAGUGCUGAGAAAGCCAUAUUCAUCUUUGUGAAGAAUGUAUUGCCUCCCACAGCUGCUAUGAUGUCAGCCAUUUACGAGGAGCACAAGGAUGAAGAUGGUUUCCUGUACAUGACAUACAGUGGCGAGAACACGUUUGGAGCCCUCUAGAUGGAGAAUCCUCUCUCUUUCUCUUGCAUGUGCACUCUCUCUCUCUCUCUCUGGCACUGUAGAUAAAAAAUGUAUAUCCUCUAAGGACGAUCCAUCGUUCUUCAUGGUUUCAUACUUUAAACUUGCACUUUAUCUGCUGAUGAAUUACUCUUAAACAUGGAAAUACUUGGAUUGUUGGAUGAUGAACAAGUGAUUUAACAUCUCAUUUGUGAUGCAUGGUGGCUUAUUUGUUGCAUCA